UUUUCAUAUGAUGAAACUUUCCUGGUUGACCAAACAAAACGUAAGUAGACCUCCACGUUUUGGACGCUCGAAUCCACCGAUGUAUAUAUACCUCGUAAUUUCUCGAUUACGGUUACGGCCUCCAAGAAAUGCCCACAUGGCAACUGAUUCCAGUUUCACUUCCUUCUUCGAGCGCUGGCUUUCCCGGCAAGAAGCUUUUCUCCGGCAGCUCGAAACCCUCCACAGACACCGAGAAUGCAGUGAAAUAAUCCCCCAGGUUUUCUCGCAUUACCAGGAACUCUACCGCGAAAAAUCCAGGGCCGCCCACGCCGACGUCUUUCUUCUGCUCUCCGCCCCCUGGCUCACCUCUUUCGAGCGGUCUAUGCUGUGGAUUUCCGGGUUCAGACCCUCCAUUCUGUUUCCAAUCCUCGUGAACUCGGUGGGCGGGGAACUGUCCGCCGAGCAGAGGCAGAGGAUCGAGGCGGUGAAGGCCGAGACGCGGCGGAAGGAGAGGGAGAUCACCCAGGCGAUGGCUAGAGUUCAGGAGACCGUGGCGGAGCAGCCCCUGUAUAGUCUGAUGAGGAAGUUCGGGAAGCUGGUGGACGGCGAGGUUACGGAGUUCGACACGUCGAUGGAUCGGCUGAAGGCGGCGAUGCUGGUGGUGGUGGAGAAUGCUGACGCCCUUCAGGGGUGGACGGCGGUGGAGGUGGUGGAGAUUCUGAGCCCAGUGCAGGGCGUGAAGUUCUUGGCGGCGGUGGCGCGGUUUCAGCUGCAGUCGAGGAGGUGGGGAGUGGAGAAAGAUUCAGAGAGAGAGAGAAUGGCGGUAGAUGAGGCAUUGCCGCCGCCAGCCUGAUUUACUGUUGGAAUAUGACACGCAUUAGCUUUCCCUUGUUUUAAUUUAAUAAUUUUAGUGAGUUUUAUUAUACAUUUUAAUUGCUGAGAAUUAUGUUUUCUUCUUUCUUGUUUUACCUUAAAUAGCUCUAAUUUUGAAAUGGGUCGGCAACAAACCACUUCACCAUAAAUUAGUAAUGUAUUAUUUUCUGUUGCUAAAAUAAUAUUAUUUG